UUCGCUAGUUUGUAAGCGAAUGUACUCCUAAAUUUUUGUUAUUUACGUACUUGUAGAUAAUAUAAACAAUGCCGUGGAUUCAAUCGAAAUUAUCAAUUUUUCAUAAGUUUUGUUUGCGUGUUUUAAAACAAGGCCCUAUCCCUGAGCACAUGGCUAUUAUAAUGGAUGGUAAUAGAAGAUUUGCCAAAAAUAAAAACAUUGAAACAAUACAGGCUCAUUCGUUGGGAUUUAGUAAGUUGAUUGAGUGCAUUGAAUGGUUCAGGGAAUUGGGGAUCAGAGAACUUACUGUGUAUGCAUUUAGUACUGAAAAUUUGAAAAGGACUAAAAAGGAGGUCGAAGAUCUGAUGCAGUUAGCGGAAGAAACAUUUUCUGAUGUAGUAAAAGAAGAAAGUGGUUUUAGAAGAGAAGGAAUUCGUUUAAGAAUAAUAGGCGAUGUAACAAAUAUGCCCGAACAUGUAAAGGCCCCGUCUCACCAUCAAAUAAUUGACAGUUAUUUGAUCAAAGGGGCCUUAAGAAAAGCCAUGGAUCGAGCUUGUGAAGUGACCAAAGACAACAACGAAUUCAUCUUUAACGUGGCCUUUUUCUAUGUAGCUCGAGACGAAAUUGCAGCUUCCGUUAAAUCAGUUGUAGAAGGUGUCCAAGAAGGUUGUUUUAAGUGUGAGGAUAUCUCAGAAAAUUUAAUUUCAAAGUCUUUGUAUUCUCAAUUUGAUAAAAACCCCGAUAUGAUGAUUAGGACAUCUGGAGAAGUUAGGUUGAGUGAUUUUCUGCUUUGGCAGAUUUCUGAAAGUUAUUUGUAUUUUACUGAUGUUUUGUGGCCAGAUUUUUCCUUGUGGCAUCUGUUUACCAUUAUUUUUAGUUAUCAAAGGUCUUGUGGAUUUAUGAAUUUACAGAAAUAAGGAAAAAACAUUGCAAAAUCCACUGCAGAAUCAUUUUAAUCAUCACAGUUCUUUUAUCUCAGUGGAUUUUAACAAGAAUUUAAUUCAUAAUAUGUAAUAAUAUGCAUUUCAAGUAAAUGUAAAUUAAAAAAAUUGUAUUUUUUGCUGUAAUUAAUUUUUUCUCGA